AUGUCCGCGCCGCGGAGCCGGGAUGAGGGCGCCCGCGCUGCUGCCGCCCGCGCUGCUGACCUGCUGCGGCUGGCUGCUCGCCCCAGUGAGUGCGACCCCGGCGCCGCCCGCCCUGCCCCGCGCGCCGCCCCCGCCCGGCGGGAGCGCCCCCGCGCCCGGCUGCGCUGCGCUCCCGCGUCCGGCCGCGGGGCUGGGCCGGGGGCGCGGGCAGCGGGGCAGGUGAACAGCAUUCACCCGGAAUGCCGAUUUCAUCUGGAAAUACAGGAGGAAGAAACAAGAUGUGCAGAGAUUCUAAGGGCUCAAACAGAAAAAUACAAAGCCUGCAGCGGCGUCUGGGACAACAUCACGUGCUGGCUGCCCGCGGAUGUCGGCGAGACUGUCACGGUGCCCUGUCCAAAACUGUUCAGCAAUUUUUAUAGCAAACCAGGAAACAUAAGCAAGAACUGCACCAGUGACGGGUGGUCAGAGACGUUCCCGGAUUUCAUGGAUGCGUGCGGCUACAGUGACCCCGAGGAUGAGAGCACGAUCACGUUUUAUAUUCUGGUGAAGGCCAUUUACACCCUGGGCUACAGUGUCUCUCUGAUUUCCCUUACAACCGGAAGCAUAAUUCUUUGCCUCUUCAGGAAGCUGCACUGCACCAGGAACUACAUCCACCUGAACCUGUUCCUCUCCUUCAUCCUGCGAGCCAUCUCGGUGUUGGUCAAGGACGACGUUCUGUACUCCAGCUCAGGGACUCUGCACUGCCCCGACCAGCCGUCCUCCUGGGUGGGCUGCAAGCUGAGCCUGGUCUUCUUCCAGUACUGCAUCAUGGCCAACUUCUACUGGCUCCUGGUGGAGGGGCUAUACCUCCACACCCUCCUGGUGGCCAUCUUCUCCCCCCGCCGGCGCUUUGUGGCCUAUCUCCUGAUCGGAUGGGGCAUCCCCACCGUCUGCACAGGUGCGUGGACUGCGGCCAGGCUCUCACUAGAAGACACAGGUUGCUGGGAUACCAAUGACCACAGCGUUCCCUGGUGGGUUAUACGAACACCGAUUUUAAUUUCUAUUAUAGUCAAUUUCAUCCUUUUUGUUAGUAUUAUACGAAUUUUACUGCAGAAGUUGACAUCCCCAGAUGUCGGCGGCAAUGACCAGUCACAGUACAAGAGGCUCGCCAAGUCCACCCUGCUGCUCGUGCCUCUCUUUGGGGUCCACUAUGUGGUGUUCGCCGUGCUCCCCAUCGGGAUCUCCUCCAAAUACCAGAUUCUGUUCGAACUGUGCAUCGGCUCCUUCCAGGGCCUCGUGGUGGCGGUCCUCUACUGCUUUCUGAACAGCGAAGUGCAGAGCGAGCUGAGGAGGGUGGGGCGGAGUCUGUGCCCCAGCCGGCCCUCCGACCGGGACUACAGGCUGCACAGCUCGUCCAUCUCGAGGAACGGCUCGGAGGGCACCCUGCACGUCCCCCGCGGCUCCCGCGCUCUGUCCUUCCUGCAGACGGAGACCUCGGUCAUCUAGAGGCGCCACCGCACCGCAGCCCGAGCCCCCAGCCAGGAGUGCUGGGGUGAAUCAGCUCGGACCCCCUGGAGCUGGGCUUGGCUUUAUCCCACCCGUGGAACCGGCUUACCUUGUAACCGCCCGGGAUUUCAAUCUAACGGUUGUUACACUCCAGCAUUUAGGUAACUUUGUUCUUUAUGUUGUUUGGCCGUGCAGACAGACCCAUUUUCGAAGAGACCAGGAAAGGUCAAGGUGGCAGUAGCCCAGGACUUGGGUCCAGCGACUGUGGAAGAAAACGGGGGGUUUUCUGAUCUCAUUGCCUGUUCUCAGGGGGCACAGGCCUGAGCUGGGACGCUGGCCCUGAGUGCCGUGGCCACCCUUCCUCUGCAUGACCUGCAUCGCCGGCCUCGGCCCCCAGGUCCCACAGGGCAGCCCCUUGUGUGCAGGACACACAGGCGCCCGCUGAGGGCUUCCGUGGACCCCCCCGCAAGCCCAGGUGGGCCCCGCCUGCCCCAGUCCUGCUCACGCCACCCUCCGGGCUCUUCUUUCUCUGCCGCGGCACUCAGUUCUCCAACCCCUGUAUGAUACUGGUCCCCUUUAACAGUGAGGCCACAGAGUCUUCGUCCUGAGGCGUCACAGACCUGAGCGCAAGUGCCAGCGAUAUCCAGGGAGCGGGGCCUGGCGGGCAGGGCCGGGCUGAGGACGCGGGCUGGACGUCCGGGGGCGGGGGGUGGGCGCUGCGAGGCCCGUCGCCCUGCAGCGUCCCUCUGGGGUGUGCACCCAGGCCCCCUGUGAGAGGAGCCUGGUCAAAGAGUGGCAGCGUCCACCUGGCGCCCCCAGCAGCCCAGCUCCCCAGCUCAGACGACUUGCUGUGACCAGAUCUGCACGACCAACUGAAGAGCCAGCUCCCAGGGGACCCGGGGCCAUCGGUGGAGCGCGGGCAUUAGAUGUGCAGCUGGACGUCCGUCAGCUGGCGGGAGCCAAGGCCGCGAGCCUGGAACUGGGCGGUCUGGCCUGAUUGACAGCAGAGGGGAGAGUGAAUGUCACUCACUGUUAGCAGAGGAGGGGGUGACCAAAUAAAAUGUUGUAAACGUGUGUGGAAUGUCCCCAAGCCGCCAUG